AUCCUGCAUCCGGAAAGGGAGGGGCCUGCGUGACCCGGAAAUGGUCGCUGUUUAGUGCUGUCGGGUAAGAGCAGCGGACAGACGGAAUGUCACAGUAAAUGCAUUUACUAUGUAUUUUAUCGCGCUCUUCUGUUACCCCAUAGGAUUCGAGUUACGAAUUCGAUAACGCCCGCUGUUAGUACAUUAGGCGAGGUGUUGCCAUGGUGCUGCGGCGGCUGCUGUUUAACCUGCUCAAUAACCCGCAGAUGAUCGAGAAGCUGUCCGAGUCCCGGCCGGUGCGCAGGGCGGCGCAGAUCACGGCCUUUGCGGUGAUGAAGGCCCAGCUGUCCGGCAAGGAGGCGGCCCAGCGGGUGCUGCGCUCGGACACGGUGCGGCAGAUCCGCCAGGAGGCGGCCUCGGGGGCGGGAGGAGGGCAGCUGGGACACCGCCUGCAGAGAGUCCGGGACUCCUUCCUCAGAGAGCUGCGGAGCGGCAUGCAGGAGGCCAAGAGGCACAUCAAGAAAGGGGACAACAAGUGAUCGGCCAUGGCCACCAACAUGGGGAGGGGACAUUGUCUGGAGAGUGACCUGCCAUGGCCACCAACAUGGGGGGGGACAUUGUCUGCAGAGUGAUCGGCCAUGGCCACCAACAUGGGAGGACAUUGUCUGCAGAGUGAUCAGCCAUGGCCACCAACAUGGGGGGACAUUGUCUGCAAAGUGAUCGGCCAUGGCCACCAACAUGGGAGGACAUUGUCUGCAGAGUGAUCGGCCAUGGCCACCAACAUGGGAGGACAUUGUCUGCAGAGUGAUCAGCCAUGGCCACCAACAUGGGGGGACAUUGUCUGCAAAGUGAUCGGCCAUGGCCACCAACAUGGGAGGACAUUGUCUGCAGAGUGAUCGGCCAUGGCCACCAACAUGGGAGGACAUUGUCUGCAGAGUGAUCAGCCAUGGCCACCAACAUGGGGGGACAUUGUCUGCAGAAGUGAUCGGCAUUGUCUGGAUGGCCAUGGCACCAACAUGGGACAUUGUCUGAGAGUGACCUGCCAUGGCCACCAACAUGUCUGCAGAGUGAUCGGCCAUGGCCACCAACAUGGGAGGACAUUGUCUGGAGAGUGACCUGCCAUGGCCACCAACAUGGGGGGACAUUGUCUGGAGAGUGACCUGCCAUGGCCACCAACAUUGGGGGGACAUUGUCUGGAGAGUGACCUGCCAUGGCCACCAACAUGGGGAGGGGACAUUGUCUGGAGAGUGACCUGCCAUGGCCACCAACAUGGGGAGGGGACAUUGUCUGGAGAGUGACCUGCCAUGGCCACCAACGUGUGGAGGGGACAUUGUCUGGAGAGGUGACCUUGACACCUGUACUAUGACUUUAAUCUUAAGUCAUAUGUAAGGCCUUACUGAUUGUAAUACUAAUGAAUAAAACCUUUAUAUUGAUGUGACAAUCAAUGCAAGGCAGUGUU